GAUUUUUUUUAAAAGUCGUUGAAGAUUCUUGAAUCUUGGAAAAAUACACAUUACUUAAUACACUGGAAAAACACCAAAGAUAUUUUUACAUCGAGUAGUUCUGAGAAAUUCUUUUAUGAUAUUUUAUGUACUGCAGAAUGGCAGUCUAGCAUUGUUUCGUCCCAUAUCCAAGCUUUGGAUCUGUAACCUAAACUGUAAUAACGAAAUCAAUUGGAGCUACUGCUGGUGCAGAGUUUGAUGUUCCUAUUGCUGUGAGGAUGGAGAACAUUCUUUUUAGCCCGAGGCAUAGAUUAGAUGAGGAUGCCGAGAGAGAGCUUGGCCGAAGGCUAGAAGCCCUUUGGGAUGAACAGAAGGAGCCUUCCUUGUCUGACACCCAGAGGCUCAAUUCCUGCUUGGAGAAGAUCCCUGUGUCAAGUUUUCCUGCACCUCCUGACAAACAAGUGGUAGAGAUCAAUUCGGAUGCCAGUCUUGCUGAGGCGGUUCAAUUGCUUGCCAAACACAAGAUAUUGAGUUCACCAGUAAGGGAUAUAAAUGCACCAGAAGAUGCAACUUGGAUCGACAAGUAUAUUGGGAUUGUUGAAUUUGCGGGCAUUGCUGUGUGGUUACUUCAACAGUCGGAAGCAUUUGGAAUAAACUCAGGUUCUGAAGCUGCAAUGGGAGGUGACUUCUUUGAAAUGUUGACAUCCUCAGAAUUCUAUAGGGAGACAAAGGUCAAAGACAUAUCGGGAUCCUUCCGUUGGGCUCCAUUCCUACCUCUACAUCCAUCUGACUCAUUUUUAACAAUGCUUCUCCUGCUUUCAAAGUAUAGGAUGAAGAGUCUCCCUGUGGUUGACAUAGGCGAGGGAAAGAUUGGAAACAUUGUUACGCAGUCCGCUGUAGUGCAUAUGCUUUCUAAGUUUGUUGGACUCCCUUGGUUUGAGACCUGGGGAAACAGCACACUUUCAGAACUUGGACUUCCAGUAAUGAAACCAGAUCAAAUGGUCAAGUUGAUUGAAGAUCAACCUGUUCUCCAAGCAUUCAAAUUGAUGAGUGAAAAGCGUGUAGGAGGGCUUCCGAUUAUUGAGAAAGAAGGGAAUAAAGUUGUUGGGAACAUAAGUUUAAGGGACAUCCAGUUUCUGCUGAUGGCCCCUGAGAUAUACGAAGAGUUCAGAUCUGUCACAGCAAAGGCCUUCUGUACAGCAGUUAGAUCUCACCUCCGUUUAAAGCAAGAGGCGUCACCUCUCUUGGAAGAUGUGAUCACAUGCCAAAAGACCGACACUAUUGAAAAAGUCAUAUUGAAGUUGGAUAAUGCAAGGAUACAAAGGAUAUAUGUUGUCAAUAGUCAUGGCGAUUUAGAGGGUGUUGUAACUCUGCGAGAUAUUAUAUCAACAUUUGUUCAGGAACCUCCUGGGUAUUUUGGAGAUUUCUUCUAUCAGGUGGUGCCUUUACCUAUUAAUAGCAGCGUGUGAGAUGUAUUUGUAUAAUUUUUUGUAGAAUUGAAAACUGGGAAUAGUGUGGUUUUAAGGUUAAAUACGAAAUUUCCGUGUAAAGAUUUAUCGUUCCAUUUUGUUAGAAAUGCAGUUUAGUAAUGCUUUUCAUUGGUUACACCAAUGACUAAUUACAUGCGAAGAUCAAAUGUGUAGAACUUUUUGGUUUCUGAUUUGGUGUAUGUGUACAAAUAACUAAUAAGAGAUGCCCUGAGCUGCAUUUUUUGUUA